UUUGGACCAAAUGAACAAAAUAAACUCAUUUCAUAACAGCUGUGUGCACCAUGUUAUGUUUACUUCUGGCUGCAGUCAAGGAGUAAUGUAACGUGGUCUCAUUGAAUCACUCAAGUUGACAUUGAAUCCAAAAAAAACCAAAACAAAAUAUGACCCCACGCUCUCAUUAACGCUGAAGUGAAGUUCCGUUAAAAAAUUAUCACCAAGUCACCGAGCCAGAACCUGAAAAAAUCCUGACAGCAGAAAUGGAAUAUAAUCACAAUUACCUUGAGGUGGCAAUUUUGCCAAGUGAAUCAGUGGAUUUAUCAAUGAAUAUCGUACCAGAGUCCGGUAACGAGCCUGACCUGGGAGAUAACUCAAGUCCCAGUGGCCAGGAGGAGGAAGAGGAGGAUGAAUACGUACUGAUAGUGGAUGACGCCCUAAUGCCAGUUGAAAUUCGCCCUGCAGAAAUAAUCGAGGCUGUUGAUCUAGAAAACGUUGGGAACAUCGAGAUAAUCGAGAAUGUCGAGAACGUCGCCAACAUCAUGGAAGUGCAAGCGAUUAACGAGAACUCACAGGAGAAUGCUCCAGAGAUAAUUCAAGUGGCAGAGAUACCUCAGAACGAGGAUUCCACGGCCUCUUCAGCGACCUCCUCAUCGGCCCUAGAGUCCGAAGAGGAGAAGCCCCGAAAGAAACGAAAAUUGGAGAUAGAAGCCAAAUCAUUGACCCAAGAUAGUGACGAGUCUGAUGAGGGUAAAUCGUGUCCCAUCUGCAUGGAGCACUGGACAAACUCUGGAGAUCACCGGCUGUGCUCUCUCGCUUGUGGUCAUUUAUUCGGUCACAAGUGUGUCCUCAGGUGGUUGAAACAGGAGUGCACAGCCCAGAAUCGCAGGUGUCCCCACUGUAACAGAAAAGCCCACACCAAGGACAUCAGAAUGAUCUACACCACCAAUCUCUCAUCAGUGGACACUAUCGAGCUUGAUCGUCUCAAAAAUGAACUCCAGACUGUGAUGGCGAGAAACAAAAGCAUGGAGUCAGAGAUAUCGAAAUCUCAUUUGCGGUAUAAAAUUGCUCAAGAUAGGAUAAAGGAACUUACACAGAAGAUAACUGAUUUGGAGACUCAGAGACAUGAUUUUAGGACGGAGCUAAGAGAGAGGACUACUGGGGGACAUGUCGGCAGAAAGUUCCACCUAGAUAGAACUUUUGAGAUGCCCAGGGAUGGGUGCGGCAGAGUUCUCGAUUAUAACUCAUGGUAUGGAUAUCUCGCUGUAUCCCAAAAAUCACCGAAUGGAAUAUUUCCUGGGUAUGGGGUGAAGAAGAUUGACACGCACAAGUACGAGCAGCUGCAAUUCACCCUGCUGCACAGUCAGCAAAUAAGGGAUAUGGCUUUUCACCAAACACAACAAUCAUUGUUGCUGUCAGUGAGCUUUGAUAAGACUGCAAAGUUGAUGGAUAUUCACAAUGAUCAAGUGCUGCAUGGAUUUCCUGUAGAGUCUCAGGUGUGGAGUUGCUGCUGGGCUGGGGACAAUCCCAAUAUCUUUGUCGUUGGCACCCAGAAGGGACUCAUCACACAAUUCGAUAUUAGACAGACUGCUGGAGCACUGGAUACGUUGGAGAGUCCUGGUGACAGAUCUCCCGUUGCAUCCCUGGCAACGGUGCCUCCCUGCUCCUCAAAUGGAAUAGUCAGGGGUGGAUUUUUAGCCAGUCACUUGAACUCUUGUUAUGCAUACGAAAUAAGAAAUAAUGUUUAUGUUGCUAAGCAGAUGCUUCACGAGGGACCGUUCACGUGCAUUCGGUAUGACUCACAGAAUCAUCAUGCACUUAUCUCAUGCAGGCCCAAUGCCAACAAUCUUCAAGCCAGGCACAUUGUUUUUUCGGUGGAGAAAGUCACUGAGAAUACUGUUGCAUGCAAUACUGUUCAUACUUUUACAGCUGGAAGCACUCAGAAUUUAUUGUCGAGACCCUGUCAUAUUAAUUUUACCGAUGAUACUUUUGUUGCUGCCCAUCAGGAGUCGACUAAGAGUGUUCCUAUCUGGAGUGUCUCUACGGGCAAGGAGGUGCAGAGACUUCCUACAUGCAAUCCUGUCGUUGAUCUAUGCUCAUUCAGACUGCAAAAUUCCGUUUUCCUUGGAGCCCUCUCCGGGAAUAAACUCAGGCUGUACAAUUGUGAGCAACCGUAACGAUUAAUUUAGUUGUCAGUUAGUCUCCUAAGGUGGAGAUAGAUUCAAGAUUCGAAGUGGAGCUGUCAUUCUUCUCCUCUUUUUGUAUACAUUGUCUUGUGCAUCGUAGGAUUAAGAAUAACUUAAUUGUAAUGUUUGGGAAUGAAAAGUUUUACAUAAAAAAAGGGAGAUAUUCAUUGACAACAAUUUCAAUAAAAUCUAUUGUAAAUUUUGUAAUGAAAAGAGUGCUUCUUCUUUUCAUUUUUGACGUUUAAUUCCUGAUUGAUUUGGGAGAAGGUUUCCUAGACCUGUUAAUUUUAUUUGAUCUAAAUUACGACGAAAUGGAAAGUCCAGGACUUUGAUUGGUGUCUCCUUGAGCUCUGCGAUCUCUUGAUCUCGUUUACUGCAAGUUCAGUUUAAAACUUCAGCUCCUCUAAUAGUUAUGUUGUAGUUUUUUUAUAUACAUUGCCUUGCGCAUCUUAGGAUAUGAAGAAUAACUUAAUUGUAAUGUUUGAGAAUGAGAAUUUUUAUAUGAGCAAUUGAAUAAGAAUUGGAAUAAAGUAUAUUAUA